AUGACAACCUUCAUCCCGGCCCUGACCUUACCCCACCAGGUCUUCGAGAAUGCCGCCGCCUCGAUUCUGCUCCCCAUAGCUCUCGGGACGGCCGUGGGCUUCUCUUCGCGACCCAAAGACACUAAAAAGACCUACGCCGCCAUCAAGAACCCUCCCUUCCGCCCUCCCGCGUGGGUCUUCGGCCCAGCAUGGACCCUCCUCUAUGGCUUGAUGGGCUACUCCGCCUACCGCGCCCUCCAAACAGGCCUCUCCCCAACCUCCUCCAUCCAACAAAUCAACGACACCAAACACGGCGCGACCCUCUACACGAUCCAGUUGGGCCUCAACCUAAUCUGGAUGCCCCUCUUCUUCCUCCUCAAGCGCCCCAUCGAAGCCACCGUUGACAUCCUCGCCCUCAUUGGCAUAAACUCAUACCUCGCCUACCUCUGGGGCUCCGUCGACGCCGUCGCGGGCGCCUGCCUCGUUCCCUACCUCGGCUGGCUCUCCUUUGCGACCUACCUCUGCGCCGGGGCCGGCUAUCUCAAUGACUGGGAUCUCAAAGGCGCCGAGGAGCGCUACGAUGCCGCCCAGGCUUCCAAGAAGCAGUAG